UUGUUGGAAAGCUAUAGUGCUCAACAGUGUUUAUUAUGACUCGAUUCAACGCCCGUUUGAGGUUAUGUUGACAAGUUAAGUUUAUUCGAAAGCGUAUUUAGUAAAUACAUCGGUUUUGUUUGUUUAAUUGUUGAAAUAAUGAAUUAAACAAGUGUCUUGGUGAUGUUUUGUGUUUAAAUAGCAAAGACCUUGAGGUUAAAAGAGUGUUUUUGUGUGAUAAAGUUGUUCUCGCGUUUGUUUUGGUUGUAAAAACAUAGUGUACAUUAUUGCUUUCGUUGGUAUUUAAAUUAUCGUGUAAUCAAAACAAGCCGUCUAAUAAACAUUAAAGUGAUAACAGAGUGUUUAAGUGUUGUUUCGUGUUUUUAAGUGUAAAUGGCUAAUCGAGUCCCGGGCACUUGUUGUGCCGCGUCGGUGGAAAGGGCCGGCUUGCCAGGUCUCCUAAGAGAUCUACAGCGACUCUCCGAAGACCAAGAUUCUGCAGACAUCGUUUUCAUCUUGGGAACGUCGGAGGAGAAAGUCUACGCUCAUCGGAUUAUUUUAAUAGCCAGAUGCAAGAGUUUCCAAAAUACGAAGCGCGGCGAAGUAUGCCGCAUCCCGGGCUGCACGGUGACGCCAUCUGUCGGCGCGCCCGUGCCAGUUCGCAUGCCUCACGUACAGCCUGAAACCUUCCGACUGUUCAUACAAUACGUCUACACCGGCAAGCUACUACUUCAAGAUUCAGGCGUAUUUGAGAUGAUGACCUUGUCAGCGGAUUUAGGCGUAGAAGACCUCCGCGCGGCGUGUGAAGACCAUGUUACCUCUACUUUGAGCGUAGAAAGCGCUUGCACUUUGCUGGCAGCUGCUAUGGAUAUUCAAGAUCGUCCAGGUGGUAAAAGCGCCACAUCAUUCCUGGAGCGCUGCGUGGCGUUCAUCGGCGAGCACGCGGCGGACUGCGUCAAGACCAACGCGUUCCUCAACCUGCCCAAGGACGCGCUCAUCAAACUCCUGUCUUCUGACUCUCUAUGUUUAGAAGAGGAGGAAGUAUGGCGUUGCGCGCUAGCCUGGGCGAAGCAACGCGCAGGUGUCACCCAGCCUUGCGCCCACUGGACUGAAGAGGAGCGCGCUCGGGUGUGUCACCACCUGGGGCCGCUUAUGACGCAUGUUCGGCUCCUGCUUAUUGACAGUUGUGUAUUCGCGGAGGAAGUGGAGCCAACCGGCGCGGUGCCAAUGGAGUUGUCUCUGGAGCGCUACAGGCGAGCCGCUUUAACAGCGCCUCACCACCAUACGCACGACUCGCGCACCAGGCCUAGGCUAGCUGUGAACAUGUUCGCCGGCUCCGUCAUCCUGCAACAAGAGAAGAGCGCAUAUCAAGCUGUCAUCAAUAACUGGUGUGGGACCGGUAAACAAGUAUGGCGGCUCCUGUUCCGUGCGUCGGUGCACGGCUUCAGUGCGAGCGCAUUCCACAAGCAAUGCGAUAACGUCGCACCCGUUUUAGUACUUGUUCAGUUAUCCCGUGGCGAAGUGAUCGGCGGCUUCAGCGAGGCGGCGUGGGCGGGCGGCGGCGCGGGCGGCUACCUGCCCGCCGAGCGCGCCUUCCUGUUCGCGCUGCCUUCCACACCAGGGCAGAGUCCUGUCAAGCACCCGCUGUUGAAGAAGGCCUUCGCGUUAUGUUACCACCCAGAUUGCGGCCCAAUAUUCGGCGCAGGCGCCGACCUACUCAUCUCCAGCAACUGCAACGCUAACAGCGAUAGCUACAGUAACCUCCACUCUUACGGGGCUCCUGAUGCUUCCGGGUCACUGGCACCCGACUACAACUUCACUGUGCGCGACUACGAAGUUUUCACCUAUAAACACAACUGACUACGGAAACCGUAAGGGACUUCUGGCGCUUCAGGGUCACUUGCACCCGACUACAACUUCACUGUGC